CUUGCCUGAGCCAGCGAAUGCCUCCCUCAACUCAACAUCAACGUUCCUGGUUAGUAAUCCAGUUGGUGACCUCUGCUAUUUAGAGGUGAUAAAGCUGCCUGAAUGCACUCAAUAUCUACUUGGGUACUUUCCGUUAUAGCAUCGGUUUCAGUCUCCUGGCUCGAUAACCCUUCGUUAUAAUUAGCAUCAUGAAUACCCGGCAGGUUAUUGAUGAAUCCGUGGGGCCAUUCUCCCUUUCCGCGACCUUCAAUAAUGACAACAGCUGUUUUUCUGUUGGCCUUGAUACGGGUUUCUGUGUCUUUGAUGCCGACCCUUGUGAGCUGAAAGUAUCAAGAGACUUCAAUGCAGGUAUCGGUGUCGCGGUAAUGCUUGGACAGACAAACUACUUAGCCAUCGUCGGUGGAGGAAGGCAACCUAAAUUUCCCCAAAACAAGCUGGCUAUCUGGGACGAUGCCAAACAGAAAGCAGUCAUUACUCUAGAGUUCCGUACCUCUGUACUGGGCGUCCGAUUGUCAAAAUCGCGAAUUGUCGUCGCUUUACUGAACAGCAUCCACAUCUUCGCAUUUUCAAACCCCCCGCAAAAGCUAUCUGUCUUUGAAACAACAGAUAAUCCGAUGGGCCUAGCCUGCUUGGGGCAGAAGCUGCUUGCUUUCCCUGGACGGUCUCCCGGGCAAGUACAAUUAGUUGAGCUAGAAACAGGGAACGUCAGCAUCAUACCUGCCCACAGCUCGCCAUUACGUGCUAUGACGCUGAGCCCGGAUGGAGAGGUGCUUGCAACAGCGAGUGAAAUGGGGACUCUGGUGCGGGUAUUCUCCACCAGCAAUUGCACGAAAAUGGCUGAACUACGGCGGGGGGUCGAUCAGGCAGUGAUAUUCUCUCUCGCCAUCUCGCCUUCGAACAAUUUAUUAGCCGUAACAUCAGACAAGUCUACAUUACACGUCUUUGAUCUCCCUCACCCACGAAACCCUUCGCAUCGCAAUCCACUAGCAUCCCAAUCAUCGGAAGAGGGAACGAACCAGAAAUGGGGCAUCCUUGGGAAAAUCCCGCUGCUUCCCAGGGUUUUCUCUGAUGUUUACUCUUUUGCAAGUGCUCCUUUUGAGAUUGGCGACGAAUCGGCACCAGGUUCUCAUUAUGUGCCACCUCUUGGGACCUCAUUUGGGAGACCUCUUAAAGGUGUGAUAGGAUGGCCCGACGACCAAACAAUUCUCGUUCUGGGAUCAGGCAGGGACGGACGCUGGGAGAAGUUCGUCCUUCGUGAAGACGGCGAUGGAAAGCGCUACUGUAUGAGGGAAGGCUGGAAAAGAUACUUAGGAGGCAGUUGAAGUGGAGUUCUCCGCAACAUUAUGCGGGAAAGAGGUCUAGCAUUAAGAGUACUACUUAUACGCGUCUUUCUGGGACAAUGGUGUUUGUUCCCGUUACAAGCAAAAGGACCAUUUGUCUGGCAAAUGCUUGAGGUCAACGUCGCAGUAUGAGACCUGACAGGCUCUUUUCUGCACAUGGCAGAUAACGGA